AUGGCAACCGUUUUUGCCAAGUCGCUCACGCAACUGCAUCCCAGGCUUCGCACAAAUGGUAUUGGCAUCGGGAACAAUCACCGGAGGAUUUCGCUUGGGUUUCUGGCACCUAGCAAGAAGAAUCCACUCGUCAGAAAAUACCAUAGGAGGAAACCGGGGACAGAUCAGAGAAGUUACAGAACUUUAGAUGAUGAUUUUGGGAGUACCGUAAUGCGGGAAUCGUCCUAUUUUGAUGAAGAUGAAGAAUACCGUGCAGAGGAAACUCCGGAUGGUGGAGAACUCAGCAGAACCGUUUCGCUACCUUCAAGAGUUAGUGAGACACCUGACAUUCAGCUGGAUGUCGAUUGGAUUUUAGGCGAGCAUGAGAGAAGAUACUCUUCUGCUAACAACAGUGAGGAUGCGGCAGACGAUGUGCUACCACGAUCCACCGAAGAGGCAUUGGAAUACGACGAUUUUAUGAAACGUGUGAGACAGCAAUUAGUUUCUGAUAUGGGUCGCAAAAACCGUCGGCUAUCUGUCGUUUCGACACCGAGUGGGGUUCCUAACGUUUACGAAGCGGGAGCAGAUGAUGAGGAUUACAUCAGAGAAACAGUUACUUUCGAGUCUGAGGCCAGAAUAUUGGCAUCAUACUCUAUUCCAUUAAUCUUCACAUUUCUUAUGGAGCAGAUUUUCCCCAUGGUAUGUUCUCUGACCGUAGGACAUCUCGGAAAGACUGAGCUGGCAGCAGUCUCUCUAGCGUCAAUGACGACAAAUAUAACUCUGGCCAUAUUCGAAGGUAUUUCCACCAGCCUGGACACCUUAUGUCCGCAAGCCUACGGAUCAGGCAACUAUCGCGGGGUGGGAAUUCAUUUACAGCGCUGCAUUGCGUUCUCCCUGGUCAUUUUCAUGCCUUUUGCGGUAAUCUGGUAUUUUUCUGAAUACUUUCUUGGCCUUUUGAUACAAGAUCAAAAGCUAGUGCAUUUUAGCGCGAAGUUUUUGAGAAUCGCCAUAGCGGGUGCUCCAGCAUACAUUAUGUUCGAGAAUUUGAAAAGAUUUUUACAAGCUCAAGGAAUCUUUGACGCCGGAAUAUACGUUCUUUUGAUAUGCGCACCGCUUAAUGUGGUUUUGAGUUAUGUGCUGGUAUGGAAUCAGACAAUUGGCAUUGGGUUCGCUGGUGCUCCUCUAGCAAUGGUCAUAAACUUUUGGCUUAUGUUGUUUCUUCUGAUAAUGUAUGUGUUUUUCGUGGAUGGGAGCAGAUGUUGGGCCGGUUUUAAUCGCAGAGCAUUUACACAUUGGAAGGAUCUCUCACAGCUAGCUAUACCCGGUAUAAUAAUGCUGGAAGCGGAAGACCUUUCAUACGAAAUCUUGACGUUAUUCAGCUCAUAUUUCGGCACCAGCUACCUCGCAGCGCAGUCGGCGGUAUCAACUACAGCCGCUUUCAUGUACAUGAUUCCUUUUGCAGUCGGAAUCUCGACAUCUACAAGAAUUGCGAAUUUCGUCGGUGCGAGAAGAUCAGAUGCUGCCGAAAUUGCUUCGAAAGUUGGCAUUUAUUCAUCAGUACUUGUGGGACUGUUCAAUUGUUUUGCAUUGGUUUUCGGUCGCCGAUUUAUUGCGAACAUUUUUUCGAAUGAUGAGGAGGUGAUCAAGCACAUUACUGAGUUGUUGCCGCUCGUGGGCUUUAUUGAGAUUUUUGAUUCGAUCAACGCCAUUGCUGGGUCAUGUCUUCGAGGCCAGGGAAUGCAGAUUAUUGGUAGUAUCGUGAAUCUAGUAUUUUACUACCUUCUAGCAAUUCCAUUAGGAAUAAUUUUAGGAUGGCAAGCCGAUUUGAAGUUAAUUGGCCUUUGGAUUGGUAUUGGAACCGGUAUGUGUUGCAUUGGAUUAACCGAAGCCUAUUUUGUGCUGUCUCCUAGGUGGGAAAAGAUAUUCGAGAAAGCUGAAAUGAUGAAGGAAACUAGUGCUGAUGAGUCCGAAGAUGACAACGAUUAUGUUGACUCUGAGUUAGAGAGUGACGAGAACACUUCCCUUCUCUCAGGCUAG